GAGAGAACCGUGAGCAGCUCUGUGACUCUCUCUCCUUCUCUCACUCUCUCUCUCUCUCUCUCUGUGAGUCUCUGAAGAAAAAGGAAAACGAGGAUGCGUGCUCAGUUCGUGGCGUGCGCGUGCGUCCUGUUCCUGCUCUGCGCGCCGGCGUCGUGGGGCGCGCGCGUUCCCGGCUGCCCCGAUCGCUGCGACAAGUCGGCGUGUCCGCCGAUUCCCGCCGACUGCCUGGCCGGGGACGCGCUCGACCGCUGCGACUGCUGCCCCGUGUGCGCGUCGGGCGAGGGCGAGCAGUGCAACACCCAGAGCGACUGCGCCGAGGGCCUGCGCUGCUCCGUUACCGACGGCGUGGCCUACAGCGCCACCGUGCGAAGGCGCGCGAAGACAGGCGUGUGCACGUGCGAGAGCGCCGAGCCGGUGUGCGGCAGCGAUGGAGUGACGUACCGCAACGGGUGCGAGCUGCGCAGGGCGAGCGGGAGCGCGCAGCGUCAGAACCAACCGCCGGUCAUCGUCGUGCAGAGGGGCGCGUGCGGCAAAGGUCAUGACGGGAAUCCUGACAGCCUGCGUCACAGAUACAACUUCAUCGCCGACGUGGUGGAGAAAAUCGCACCUGCUGUGGUCCAUAUUGAGCUCUACCGCAAGAUGGUGUUCACUAAGCGGGAGAUGGCAGUGGCUAGCGGCUCGGGCUUCAUCGUAUCCGAAGACGGUCUGAUCGUCACUAACGCUCACGUAGUGGCCAACAAACACCGAGUCAAAGUGGAGCUAAAGUCAGGAGCCACGUAUGACGCUAAAAUCAAAGACGUGGACGAGAAAGCCGACAUCGCUCUCAUCAAGAUCGACACUCCUGUGAAGCUCCCAGUGCUGCUGCUGGGCAGCUCAGCUGAUCUGAGGCCCGGCGAGUUUGUGGUCGCCAUCGGCAGCCCCUUCUCCCUCCAGAACACUGUGACGACGGGAAUCGUUAGCACCACUCAGCGCGGCGGCAAGGAGCUUGGUCUCCGCAACUCAGACAUGGACUACAUCCAGACCGAUGCCAUCAUCAAUUAUGGAAAUUCAGGAGGACCGUUGGUGAACUUGGAUGGAGAGGUCAUAGGGAUUAAUACUCUGAAGGUGACUGCUGGGAUCUCCUUCGCCAUUCCCUCUGACAAGAUCCGCCAGUUCCUUACUGAGUCUCAUGAUCGACAGGCCAAAGGAAAAAACACCACAAAAAAGAAGUAUAUUGGUGUGAGAAUGAUGAGCCUCACCCCAACUCUUGCUAAGGAGUUGAAAGGAAGGAUAACCGAUUUCCCGGACGUCACCUCUGGCGCGUACGUCAUCGAGGUCAUUCCCAAAACUCCAGCAGAAACCGGAGGUCUGCUGGAAAAUGACGUCAUCAUCAGCAUUAACGGCGAGCAAAUCGCGUCAGCCAGCGACGUCAGCGCCGCCAUCAAAAAAGACAACUCGCUCCGCAUGGUGGUUCGGCGAGGAAACGAGGACGUCAUCCUCACCAUCGUGCCUGAGGAGAUUGACCCUUGACCUCUCGUCACGUCACGUCACGUCGCGACCCCCUGCUCUACUUUGAGCUGGUUCUUAGCUAUAAAACGAAAGAACACAGACAUUUCACGGAGCAUGGUGUAUCUGGAGCCGUGUUCAUUUUGUUUUAGUCAUUUUUUUAAAUCUUUUGUCUUAGUAAAUCCCACAAUAUUUAAACUUUUGAGAUCAGUACGCUGAAAUGUUUACUCUUGUUUUUGUGUCUUGCUUCAAAACCGUCAAAUCUGCAGUCUGCCAUUACUCAGUUAGGAUUAUUAAAAAAAAUCAUGUAUCAGAUUCUGUUUUUAAAGUGAGGAACUCUUGGCUGUGUAUUAUUUUUAUGUACAUCAGCGAAAUUGUUGCAUUUAUUAAUUAUUUUUGUGUUUAUACUCAUAUAUUACACUUCACAUGAGAGAAUCCGAAUAAUAACAGGAUCGUGCUGGAGAAACGGAGUCUUAUAUCACACUUAUAUCACAAAAUUUAAAGCUGCUUCAUUCCUGAAUAUUUGAACAUUUUAUGAAUUAACAGAUUUAACACGGGGAGCGUCUCCGAUUAAAACUAGCAUGAACUGUCGGUGGAGUUUGGUGGAGAUCCAUCAGAAAUGUACAUUAGCAAUGCUAUUGAUUGAAUAUUCCUGUUAAUUCAGGCUUUAUAAGCAGGAUUAUUGACUGAUACAUCAGGUUGUUAAUGUAUGUAUGAACAUGUACAGAACAACAGAGUUGAUCUCGCAGCACACUAACAGGAAACAUUAAAAAUAAAACGUUCUUUUAUUUGGUA